AUGUCGACCUUCAAUGGGAUCGUCGAAGUUGACUAUUUUCGAAAGAACCCCGAUAGGCCUCCGCCCCAGGCCUGUUUUCUCAGCCAUGUUCACAGUGACCAUCUCCAGGGCCUGGAGUCCUUGAGGUCACCUUUCGUUUAUUGCUCUGCAGCCACAAGAAAGAUUCUUCUACGUAUUGAAAAGUACCCCCAUAGGAUGAACUUUGCCAAAGGCAUUCUGGAGACAAGGAAGCAAGAGUAUAAGCACCUGGCAAAGCUUCUGAGACCCAUACCGUUACAUGUACCGACAGAAAUUGAGUUGACACCGGGAAGCACCAUCCGGGUUACCCUGUUCAAUGCAAACCAUUGCCCAGGUGCUGUUAUGUUCCUCAUUGAAGGAAAUGGCAAAGCAAUUCUUUAUACCGGCGAUGUCAGAGCUGAGCCUUGGUGGGUUGAGAGCCUGAUUAGAAACCCUAUUCUUAUCCCCUAUACACUAGGGGACUGUCGGCUAGACAGGAUCUACCUAGAUACGACUUUUGCCAUAAAAUCGGAUAUUUACUCUGCUUUCCCCUCCAAGGCAGAAGGAAUUAAGGAAUUACUCCACAAAGUCAAAGCCUACCCUGAAGACACCAUAUUCUACUUCCGCAAUUGGACAUUUGGAUACGAGGAUGUUUGGAUAGCUCUCUCGGCUGCACUCAACACAAAGAUUCAUGUUGAUCAAUAUCAGUUGAAACUUUAUCAAUCACUUGCGCUACGGACUAGUUGCGAGUUGGCUGUCGACGAGGCUCCAUAUUUAUGCGGCUUUACUUUGGGGAAUUCACGGAUCUCCGGCUGUUUAACGGACCAGAUUGAUAUAAAGUCGGUCAGGAUACAUAGUUGCGAACCUGGAGUUGUCUGCUCCACGAUUUCCUCACGGCCUUCGGUAUACAUAACUCCAAUUGUUACCCGUACCCAGGGAGGGUUAGACGUACUAGAAUUAGGCGCCGGUGGCGGUGUUGGUGACCUAACGCAGGGUCAUGAUCUUCAGUUUCCUGACGCAUCUGUUGUCGAACGGUUCGUCAGCUUGUGCUCUGAGUAUAUCCAGGACCCCGAAAAGCGCCAGAUGAUUGUAGAUGCUGCCACAAAGGCAUAUGAAUCCAACUCAAAGUCGUUGUCGCUAGAACCAUUCUGCGUCAAGGAAGAGGACGGGAUGACCCUCAAAAACCUCGUGGCGAUGCUCUGUCAAGGAUCAAAAAGCAGCAUGUUUCCAGGCCAAAGUCAGCCCAGAACCAAUCAUUUGCCAAAUACCAUAAGAUUUCCGUACUCCCGCCACUCCUCUUACGACGAGCUUUGCUCCCUGGUCAGUGUUUUUCGACCAAAGGAUGUCUACCCCUGUACCGUCGACGCAGGAAGCUGGACCGAGUCGGUUUCCAUGGAAAAUCUCUUCGGUCAUUUAUGCUUAGGUUCUAUAUUUGCUCAUGACGCUGAGAUGAGAGCUAUAGUGAAACAGGAUGAAUCUCGGCCACGAAAGAAAGUACGCCGCAACAGUGAUGCGUCCUCGGCCGCUGCAUCGACCCAGCGAUCGAAUAUUGAGGCAAGCUUCUCCAAAGCAGCAUCAUCCCCCAAAUCUCCACAAGCACUUGAGUAUCCCGUGAUUGUUCUCAGUUCAGAUUCAGAAGGGCAAAAUUCACAACCCGGAAAAGGACAGCCUGCUGAGCAUUUGGAUUUUGCGACAGCCGACACGGACUUGUCAUUCUCUUUCCCAUCACAAAUCACAAGUAAUCUUUCUCUAUCACAGCCAGACGAGUUGUCAACGUCGCGUGGCAUCAGAAUCCAAGCUAUCAGACAGGCUUUGGAACAAAAGGCCCUUAGUAACGAAAUUGAUUUUUUCCUCGAAUCAUCGUUCACGGACUCGCAGGCUCAAUCGCAGCCACAAGGACUAUUCUCGCCACAAUAUGCUAGUUCAAACCUCCAGCAUUCCUCCUUCGCAAUCCCCGAAGAGAAUCUAGAGCAUGCUGCAUCAGACCCCGACACACAGCUUCAACUCUUAUCCGACUAUGAAGACACCGGAGAUAACUAUCCUCCCAGCACCCCCCUAUCAAUCUCGCCAUCAGCAUUUGAUCCUCAAGACAUUAUUGAAAUGGCCUCAGAUGACGAUAACAAAGACAACGAAAACGAUCCGGACCAAGCCACAACCCUCCCACCUAGUUGUCAGGACCGCAAGGCGUCAAUGCUAAGACGUAUGCAUUCAAGGAUCUCUGCGUAUCGUGCGGCCAAGCACGAGACGUGGUCGACUCUCUACUCGCUCAUUUCGGCAGGCAAUAAUCAUACUGUGAUGGAUGAAGAGCUUUGA